AUGGCGAGACACACUGAUGAGGUCGUCAAGCGUAUGAUCCGCGAAUUGCCAAAGAAAAUGCGCCGUGAUCGCUGGUCAAGAACGAACAAGGAUAUGUGUGAUGCCCAUCAGGGUCUGAAUGCAUAUCUCAUGAACGACGUGUUCAUUCUUAUCCAGAGGGAGGUCGGUCACCACCUUCGCAAGUUUGACGCAUACCCGGACUUGCUCAAGCCUCUCGAUAUAUUGAUCCUGCAGAAACUACAGGCCAUACAGGGCAUGUGGGAGAAACCUGACCCGAAAGACCUGGUUAUCUCAGGAGCUUGGCACUAUGAGAUCAGCUGCUGUCAGGGGUGUAUGGUGGCUCGAGUUGCGAGUGACAAGCAUGCAUUGCGCAAUCUUCGAAUAGCCCUGCUCUCUCGCACGCAGACUCGUUUGAAUCAUGUGCCACGAAGACUUAUGAAGUUCGUCAACACCUGUAUUGACCUAUUCCCUGAUGAGGUGGAUGAACUGUAUGGCACAUCUAGCCAGUUUGCAUUCAUCCUGAAGGAUACCCGCAAGGCCUGUAGCAAGGCCUGGUUUAAAGACCCAGCACAUGCGGAUCUGAGACCCCUACAACGAAGGCACACCGAUGAUGACAAGAUCAGAAAAACGAACAAGGGUGACAAAAACAAGAAGAGUGGCAAGGAUGCACGUAGCCAAAAACCGGCUAGUGAGUAUAACCCGAGGAAGAAGUAUCCCCAGCCACCACCUCCAAUCAAAAUAUCCCACCCCGCAGAAAGAAUAUAUCAUCCGACAUCGAGCCCCUCCCGGAAGGAUUCGAGAUCGUACCACAUAAAGCGAGACCGACGCUCAGACCCAAACCCGGAUCGUAUCACUAGAUUCGUGGAUUUCGCCGAUGACAAUAGACCCCCAGAAGCACCCCUAUCACACCCUGCAAGUACUUUUUCGGGGACUAUGGAGGAAAUCGACGAAUUGCUUGAGAUGUACAAGGGCACGGGGACAGACCCUGACUCGCGAAGCACGGAUUACUGCCCAAUGCAAGGUAGUAGCAACGUCCCAUUACGGUGUCGCUCUCCGUCGAUCCGUUCCACCGACAGUGAGUGGAGUGAUGAAGAUAAAGACUGGGGAAAGCCAGAGAGUGGCUCGGCAGCGAGGACUACUUGGAAUUUGGUGUGUGAACAGUCGAAUAUGAUUUGA